AAAAGAAGGCGAAUGAGAAUGAAUUGUGGAAGAAGUUUUUAUCUUACUCUACCCCACCAGAACAGCCGUCUGUUGAAUGGCUUUCCGAAUUACGAGACUUGGUCAUCGACCUGGGCCCCGCUAACAGAGACAAGGUUAUAACGAAACUCGGGCGUGAACUUUGGUGCCAGCUGGUUUUCUUGAAUGUACAUCGUGGCCAGUCUCGCACGCUAUCGAAGACCAAAGUAUCAAAAAUUGACAUCUCAAAUUGGGAUUUGAUUCCUACAGAAGCAGAAGCACCAUGCAAAACCUGCGGCCACAAACUUGCGUGCAAUGGCCCAACUCUGAAGACCAUUCAAAAUGCCGGGAGUGCCAUUUGCAAGCUAAGCGCUGUACAUUUGGCGGCGAGGAUACGAAAAAGGGGCGGAAACGAAAACGAAGUUCGAAGUCUCCAGUGACAGUACGAAGACGCCACCUCGAGGUGGAUAUGAAUACGGAUAUGGAUGAAGAUGAAGAUGGCUUUUCACAAGACGAAAUCCUCCAGCAACCCACAGAAACCUCAAACACGGCAACAUACCACAGAUCGACAUUGAACUUGCAGAAGGUCGCAGACUCUGUGAAAUCGGUGGGGACGAGAUCAAGUACACCAAAGCCGCCUUCCCUGAUAAAAGUUCCUCUGAAGCCCGGACUUUCCUCUCACCCUCCAGCACCACCUUUCUUUAAUCUCGGAGCAUCAACUUCGGAACGUGAACAAGUGGUGCCAGACAAAACUCCGCUCACAGCUUCACCGCCUGAGCACAGAGUGACUCUGGACAGAAACAGCGAUGUCGAACCGACAACAAACUUGAAGAACACGUCCAUGAUUACCAACCCUCUACCUGCAUUCAACAACAAAUCGUUGACCAUACACGGAUCACCUACACCGUCACCGGAAGAUCCUCCAGAGCAAUCAUUCCCAACCCUAGCAAACGAGUUUUUCCAUAGGGGAAAACCCGACAUGAACUCUACGAGGCCUCACGGUCAUCCAGACCAUGACGAGGACGAGAAGCUGCUGGAGGAGUGCCAGAAUGAUGCUUGCAAAAGGCUGGUAGCAAAGAUAACAGCUGAGCGAGACUCUGCCCGUGAGGAACCAGAAGCAUGGAUGACGUUUGCUUUGGAACUAGACGCCCUAUACCAAAAAGCCCUAAAGACAUUCGCGCAGUUUCGUAAACCUUCAUAACGUACCAUACAAUAUAAUAUGGUUGAACGUAGCAGGCUUUGUUCCCGGGCAGUACCAACGACGCGACGUUAGCACCCUGAAAAUUAGGCAUGCAAAUGGUAGACAGGAUCAAUCAGCUUAUAUCAUUAUCG